AUGGCGGAGGGGGCCACACCAUCUCAUGAUCAUCAUGACACACCUUCAUCUGAUCAACAAACCCAAGCAGCCCAACCAGCUUCCGCAGCCUUCCACUCCGGCACCUACGUCGUCCAGGUCCCCAAAAACCAAAUCUACCGCGUUCCGCCCCCUGAGAACGCCGUUAUAGCCGAACGCCACCGAAACCCCGCCCACAACGCCACCAAAAGGCCGUGUGGUAGUUGUUGCCGCUUGUCAUGUUCUUGUGUCUUGCCUCUCCUUAUUCUAGUCCUUGUUCUUGGCUUAAUAGCUGGCAUUUUCUCGGUCUUGCUCAGGCCUAAGGACCCUAUAUUUAAAGUUGAACGUGUUGCUUUCAAUCGGCUGAAUUCCUAUCCGGAGUAUGAUAUCAGGUUAAGAGCCAAAAAUCCGAACAAAAUAUUCGGCAUUUUGUACAAGAAAGGUGGCGUUGCUUCCCUCUCUUUUAGGCAACGAGAAAUCGCGAAAGGAAACUACCCAACUUUCUACCAAGACCAUAAUAAUUCGACCGUUUUUGGUAUACUUUUUCGUGGCUCCAACAAUGUUGUGUUGCCUACGGAGAUUGAGAAAAGCAUGAAAACCCAAAAGCCGAAAGUUCAAGUUUCUUUCUCUAUAAAGAUGGAUGUCAUGGCACGAAUGAGAAUUGGGUUGUUGAACAGCGGGAGCAUGAAAUUGGCUGUUGCUUGCGAUUUGACGGUGGAUACAUUGGCUAAGGAUACUCGUAUUCUGACACAGAAAUGUCGUACGGAACGCCGGCUGUGA